AUGGGGCAAAUAACAGUCGAGUUGUACCACAAGCAUGCUCCAAAGACGUGCAGAAACUUCUUGGAACUGUCACGGAGAGGGUACUACAGUGGCACUAAGUUCCACCGCGUGAUUAAGGAUUUUAUGGCUCAAGGCGGUGAUCCCACAGGGACUGGACGAGGAGGCGAGUCCAUCUAUGGAGCCAAGUUUGAGGAUGAGAUAACGCGCGAGCUAAAGCACACGGGCGCGGGCGUGCUCUCCAUGGCCAAUGCCGGGCCCAACACCAACGGCAGCCAGUUCUUCCUCACGCUCGCCCCCACUCCCUGGCUCGACGGAAAGCACACCAUAUUUGGCCGUGUGUCGCAUGGAAUGGAUGUGCUGAAACGGCUGGGCAACGUGCAGGCAGACAAGACUGACAGGCCCAUCCAUGAUGUGAAGAUUAUCAAAGCAGUUCCAAGAGACUAA